ACGAAUUUAGGUUAGAAAGUUCAAAAAAACUGUGUUAAAAUCAGAAGAUUAUAUAUUAAUUUGAAUAAUAUUUUUGUACAACAUGAUUUUAUAUUUGCGCCAAACAUCGUUAUUAUACAUGACUAAAAGAUUUUACACAUUAUAUACAAAUAGGAUAAAACAGAUUGAUAAUAUUUGGAAUUAUUUGAUGGAAAAUUAUAAGAAUGUGUUAGUAGAACCUAAUAAUACAUCAAAAGAAAUAUGGAAAAAUAUAAGAAAUUAUAUCGAAUCAGAAUGUAAUUCCUUUUCAAUUAUUGAUUCUUUUAUUUUAAAUAUCUUCUAUUCUAAGAAUCAUCCAAAUGUUGGAAUAUAUUAUUAUAAAUUUUUAGAAGAGAAUAAUUAUAAUCCUACGAUACAUACCAUAAUAAAAUAUUUGCAAUUAUAUCAUCUAAAAAAGGAUUUAAUUACAAAAAUAGAAGAAAAACAUAUUUUAAGUUUAUGUAAAAAAAUUAUGACUCAAUAUUCUUCAUUUAAUGUAAAUAUCGGUAAUACUCUUGUUAAGAGCUUUUGUCAAGUAAACCAAUGGAACGAUGCUGUUAAAGUUAUAGAAAAAUAUGAAGAAAAUAAUGAUAACAUGCUUUGUGAAGGAUAUAAUAUACUAAUUGAAUGUUUAUUUGAUCAUAAACAAGAUAAGUUAGCAUAUAAAUAUUUAAUUAAUAGUAUGAAAAAACAAAUGGGAUCUAAUGAGCACAUAUGUAUUACAUAUUUAAAAUAUUGUUUAAAAGAAAAACAUACAUUUAAUGAAAAAAUUGAGAAAAUAUUCACAUUAUGGAAUACGUAUGGUGUUAAACCUACUCAGAAAGUUGCAGUUGAAUAUAUGACAGCAUGUAUUGAACAUGAUUGGACUGCUAAUCAAACAACAAUAUUAAAUUUAAAAUGCCAAAAUUGUAAAAAAUAUCUAUCGCAAACAAAUAUAUCUGAUCAAAAUUAUAAAUGUUUACUUGAAGCUAUAAAAAAAAAAUUUGAACCUGCUAACAUGUAUUAUACAAGUUUUCCAAAAGAAAUAGAAAACUUUAUGAUGUUUAUCGAAAAAAAUAAACCAUUUGAUAUUAUUAUUGAUGGAUUAAAUUUUAUUUAUACUACUGAACGUAAUAAAACCUUAGACUGUAAGAUCAUAGAACUCCUUAAAUUUUUCGGAAAUCAGAAUAAAAAAAUUCUGAUCAUUGGAAGAAAACAUAUGAGCAAUUUUUUCGAAAAUUUAAAUAUAAAAGAAGUACAUCAUUUCUUAGUUAAAAAUUGGUCACACGAUGAUUUAUUCCUAUUAUAUGCAGCAUUUUCAACUGGAAGAAAUGCUAUAGUUAUUUCUAAGGAUUUAAUGCGUCAACAUAAAUUUGCUAUUCAAAAUACUGAGCUAAAUAUUCUCUUUAAUAAAUGGCAAUUUUUGCAUCAAUAUUAUUUUGAUAAAUACAAGGGUUUAAUAAAAUUAAAUUCAGAAGUACCAAUUGACGCAUUUGUUCAAAAACAUGAUGAUCAUUGGCAUAUACCAUUUAAUAUUAAUGUUGGAGCACAUAAACAAAGACAUAUAUGGCCUAAUUAUUGGAUUUGUCUCAAAAUGCCUAAAUAAAAUGAUAUAUUUAUUCAUA